AUGAGCGUGGGCUUCAUUGGCGCGGGCCAGCUGGCCUGUGCACUGGCGCGUGGCUUCACAGCUGCGGGCGUCUUGUCCGCCCACAAAAUAAUAGCCAGCUCCCCGGAAAUGGAUCUGCCCACCGUGUCCGCGCUCAGGAAAAUGGGCGUGAACCUGACCCGCAGCAACAAGGAGACGGUGUGGCACAGUGACGUCCUGUUCCUGGCUGUGAAGCCACACAUCAUCCCCUUCAUCCUGGAUGAGAUUGGGGCUGACGUGAAGGCCCGGCACAUCGUGGUCUCCUGUGCGGCCGGUGUCACCAUCAGCUCCGUGGAGAAGAAGCUGAUGACGUUCCAGCCAGCCCCCAAAGUGAUCCGAUGCAUGACCAACACACCUGUAGUGGUGCGAGAGGGUGCCACAGUGUAUGCCACAGGCACCCAUGCCUUGGUGGAGGAUGGGCAGCUCCUGGAGCAGCUCAUGAGCAGUGUGGGCUUCUGCACAGAGGUGGAAGAAGACCUGAUCGACGCUGUCACGGGACUCAGUGGCAGCGGUCCUGCCUAUGCGUUCAUGGCCCUGGAUGCGUUAGCGGAUGGUGGGGUAAAAAUGGGCCUUCCACGGCGCCUGGCAGUCCGACUUGGGGCCCAGGCCUUGCUGGGAGCUGCCAAGAUGCUGUUGGACUCAGAGCAGCACCCAGGCCAACUCAAAGACAAUGUCUGCUCCCCUGGAGGUGCCACCAUCCAUGCCCUGCACUUCCUGGAGAGUGGAGGCUUCCGGUCCCUGCUUAUCAAUGCAGUUGAGGCCUCCUGCAUCCGAACACGAGAGCUGCAGUCCAUGGCUGACCAAGAAAAGAUCUCCCCAGCUGCCCUCAAGAAGACCCUCCUGGACAGAGUGAAGCUGGAAUCCCCUACAGUGUCCACACUGACCCGCUCCAGCCCAGGGAAGCCCCUCACAAGAAGCCCAGCACUGGGAGGCAAGAAGGACUAAAGCAACCUCUACCCUGCUCUGUUGUUCAGGGCCCUCAACUAAGGG